AGUCGGAAUCAACAAAAACAAACAAUAGCUCAUUUUAAUAAAAAAUGUAAUGAAUGCGAGAAUGAAAAAAGUGAAUUAGAAAUUAAAUGUGGAAAUCAAGAUGCCACAAUAACAGAUUUAAAUACAAAUGUGAGAGAUUUAGAACUUACUAUUGUGCAGCUUUCAGAGAAAUUAGGAGACCAAGAAAAUGAAAUAGAGAAUUUAAAGAAGGAAAAUUCAACUCUUCAAGAUAAUCAAAAUAAAUUGAAAAAUAACCUAGAAGAUCGAAACAAUACUGAAUUAAUGAAGCUUAGAAUCCAAUACGAUGAUGAAAAGAAACAGUAUGAAACAGAAUAUGCAUUUAUGUUAGAUGAGAAAGACAGACAAAUUCAACAUAUCUCCGAAGACAAAGACAAACAAAUAAAAGACUUAGCUGAUGAAAAAGAAAAACUAACCGAUUUAAUAAAUUCAAAUAAUACUAGAAUAAGAUCCAAAUACGUUACACUCGAGAAUGACCUAAAAACAUGUAAGCAACAAUUAAAUAGUGCACUUGAACAAUUAACUAUAAGUCGUCAACAACAAGAAGAAUUAUAUAGGCAAAUAAAUACAAAUUUAAUGUCUCUUGAAGAAUACCAACUAAAAUUAGCCACAUGUGAAAACGAUAUAAAGAACCAGAAUAUGCAAUUUCUGGAAUGCCAACAAGCCCUACAAAAAUGCAAAGAUGAUAAACUAUCAGAAAAAGAAGAAUAUAAUAAUUUAUUAGUAUCCCAAAACCAUUAUGUUCAGGAAUGCCAACAAAAACUACUAGAUUGUGAAAAUUCUAAAAAAAUAAAGUAUGAUGAAUAUAAUACAUUAGUAAAGAAUAUAAAUGAAGCAAAUAAAUAUAAUAUUGAAACAUUAGAGCGACUUUAUACAAAACCUACAUUAUCGAAUAGCGAUAUAAUUCAUUGUUUUUCAAGCAUAUUUCCUUUAGAUGAUGAUGAAUCGAAAGCAACAGGAAAAUAA